CCGUCUCUGCUCAUAGACUCGCAUGGGACCUUCUUUACAGCACAAUUCAAAAUUGAGACACAAGUUUCAACUUCUUAUACUUAAUGAUUCUACCAGCUGAAUAUGUAAUAAGAUACAACUGCCCAAAAUAAUCAGGCACUACAAACCCAGAGCAGAUUGAUUUAGGUAAAUACAUGUGAUUGUUUAAUUAUGAUGCGUGUCUCUACAUUUUGUGACUUGUUUUAAUCAGGUUUAUAAACAGAGAUGGUGGUUGGGGAGACUUCAACAAAAAUAGUCCUUCAGGGAUUUUUAAGUUCUCCCAGGAUUACUUGAACAUUCAACCCCCCCCCAAGGUUGAAGGGUAGCAGUGACUUCAUGUCAUAACGUAAUUAUCAAAUGUUUCCACCAGACAAUCAUUCUCAUUUUCAUUUUAAAGCACACUUGAUCAGAAAUAUGCUAAGCUUAGCUGUAGCAACAUAGAGGGACACAUUGGGAAGAUCCUAAAAGAUGUGAAUUUGCCCUUACUGUGAAUUGAAUGAUUUUUAAUGGGCCCAGAGGGCUGGCAUUUUUCUUCAGAAAACUACUGUUUUAGUAAUUUGACAUAUCCUUAUCAAGAAUUGUUGUAUGGUGAUGGUUUGUUUUCAUUUCCAUUUCAUUUUGCACUGGGGGAGUGACCAUUAAAAAGCAAAAAAUAUCUCUUCUACCAUCCGUCUCCACAAAACUCAUCAUGACUCAACACAUUCAUGAGACCUUUCGAUUAGGAUGUCCCACUAGUCGUGACGUCUGACGUGUUCAGGCAAGGUUGUUACUUGGCGAUCAUCAUUACAGAAAUGGCUGAUGGAGGAAGCAUGGUCAAAAGUGAAGUCCUCAUUGAGGCGCUUCAGAAUUUCGUCAAAGUCGUAAGAACAUUGCUCGAAGAUGCGGAAAAGGCCACUGCUACAGGUCCUCUGCAAGGCUUUGCGACAAACAAAUUAAGGUCAUUGUUUGGAAUAAUUGAUGCAGGAGCUAACCUCUAUAAUAGCCUCUCUGUGAAUAAAAGGAGUGAAGCCGAAGACCUGUGGAAACCGCUCUACCAAAUCGCAGGUGUACGAGAUGCCGUUGAAGAGUUUUUGGAGCUGGAGGUUGAGUGGGAUGGCUUUCUUGAAAGUCUGGAUUCCAGACUGCAGAUGAGUGAUAAAGUCCUGGCAUGUACUUCUCCAGCGGAGAGACUGAGCGCUGACACCAAGGUCACAGACGCCAGGAGUGGAGAGGAAGUGACUCUGGGUCGUUACUACGGGAAAGCGGAAAAUCUACUGCUGGUCUUGAUCCGCCACUUAGGAUGACUACCGUGACGAGACCACGUGGCUGAGAUCGAAGGCCAGAAGAGCCUUCUUGAAGCUCGGUCCGUUAGAGUGGUGGUGGUCUCGUUUGGAUGUGUGGAGGGGGCCAAGGUUUGGCUUGAGCAGACGGGUUGCACAUUCGACAUGCUGCUGGACCCUGAAAGAGAGAUCUACAAAACAUUUGGUCUGGGAAGGUCAUAUGCAAAAGCAACAAAAUUCGACUGCAUGCUGAAGUAUUCUGAGUUCGUUGUACACCAGCGACAGUUUCCAGACCUUCCCCCACAGUAUAUGAAUGAUGUCUAUCAGCUGGGUGGAAACUUUCUGCUGGAUGAGGAAGGUAAAGUGAUCCUCUCUCACCCCAGCAAAGACCCACUUGACAGACCAAAGAUGGGAGAUGUCCUGGCAAGGAUCCCCUAAGGAUCUCCUGAGAGAAUCACCUGAAUGUUGGAGACGGUCCCUACAGAGGACAGUCUGGCCAGCCUUGUGUAAAUGAUGAUAUGACCCACACUCAUAAAACAUGAAGGGUUGUGUCUGAUGGGAGUUAACAAGACCGGUUAGACUUGUGCUCUGGAUUCAGGCACCAUCUCUGACAUUCCAGUUGAUUUGGUGUGUGUGUGUGUGUUUAUCAGUGUUAUCAAUGUUUGUUUUUCUUUUUUUAUAUCCAGUAAUCAUCAGCACAGAUCGAUUUUUGCACAUUGAUUUUACAGGGUUUCCAUAGGUCAUGGAAUUUCUGGAAUAGCAUGGAAUUGUAAUGACGUCUAUUCCAGGCUGGGAAUUAAAUCGUUUUGGGGGCAAAGUUAGGGGAAUUUUAUUGUAGCAGUUUAAAAUUUCCAACAUUCCAAGAUACAUUAAUACAAAUAUAUUUCCACACAGCAUUGGUGUUUAUCGGGUUAUUAACUUUUUCCAUUUCUGCUUGAUUAAGUAUUCGGAGUUAGUCCUACAAUGCUUUUUCAAUGCCCAUUUAUUAAUUUUCCAAAUGGUCAUGGAAAUUCAGGAUUUAAGUCAGGGAAAUGUCAUGGAAUUUUACAUUUGAUGUAGAGUGGGAACCCUGAUUUUAUUUACAGGGAAGAUACGCUGGGUGCAUAACUGAAGCACUCCAUUUGCGACGUGUAAAACUAGUUUAGAAGACUGGUCUAUUUAUUUGACCGUAAGCACCACUAUCACGUCUGCUGUAGCCAGUUCCAUUGAUCAUAGUGGAACUAGUUGUUGCAGAAGACGCUACGCGAACAGAACGCUUCAGUAACGUGCCCGAUGUAGCCUCCCUGUUUGUUAUACCGACAAAUCAAUGCAAUGUUUGAUUAGUUGCAUAGUAUCAGACUUGUUUAUUAUCACUUUGUGUAUGUCUAUAUAUAUCUAACCUCACCAAAAGCUACAUAAUAAUCUUAAAGAUUUUUCUUGAAAUCACAAUACAUUUUCAAUAAUGA